GGACAAAGGGCUGGGCUCUUUGAAGAAACCUACUGCAAAAAAGGGGAAGACGACGGAGCCUAAGAGUGGCAAUCAAAGGUUAACUUUCGAAAGAAAUGCAUCGAGGAUAUAGAGCAGCCUCGACUGAGGAUGACAGCGAUCGUUCAUUUUCUCACUCGAGAUCACGCGUCGGUUAUCAAGGCAACAUGAUAUGUAGCGGAAAACUGUGCGCGAUAUUUUUAACGCUAUCCAUCGCGUUUGGAGCUGUUGUUCUCUUCAUUUUCUCGGCGUUUUUUCACGCCUCCGACAGCGAAAUUGAGUUUUACAAACGGGCGAUGGACUAUAUCACUGGAGAUCGCUUCGCUCGCUCGGAAAUGAACGACGACGAGAAAUCAUUUCCUCAUAAGGAAAUUCUCCUUCCAAAAGAUCUAACUCCUGAGAGGUAUCAAGUUUACCUACAUCCGAAUUUAACGACCUUCGACUUUCACGGAGGAGUAAAAAUUGACAUAAUCUGCGAAAACCCGACUAGAAAUAUUCUCCUGCAUAUGAAGAAGUUAAACAUCACCAGUUAUGGAGUCCAGGACUCCAGCGGGAAUCAUCUUUCUGUGUUACGUGUCGCGCAUAGCAAGAAAUUGGAACAAUACUUGGUUCAGAUGAGGGAUGAGCUGCAAAAAGGGGAGAAAUACACUUUGAAGCUUGAUUUUAACGGUCUCCUGUCCAACACAAUGGCUGGAUUUUACAAAAGUUCAUACAAGACUAAGAGUGGAAAAAUGAGGUAAGCAACAGCGAUUUGACUUUCUUAGCUUAGUUUUUAAACUUUAUAAGUGUGCUAGCUCAUUAAAAUUGCAAACUUCCAGUUUUUUUGCAAAUUACUAAAUUUGUCCUUAAAAAAGCAAUAUUUGUUGGAUGUUUGCACUGUAGGGUUCGUCCCAGACCCGUUAUAUUUAAUGUCAAAUCGUAUUUCCUUAGCUAAUGAGCCGUAAUAUUUUUCUCAAAGUAAAUAAUAUCUAAGACAAACAGAAAAACGUUGCUAGAUCUCAGCGAAAAUUCACGUUUCAAUCAACUUUAAUUUCUGACAAACAUACAAACAUACACUGCCUAGUAACUUUUUAAUCACCCUGGCAAUGACAAGAUAUAAACCGAAGAAGAAAAUUUACGGAGCCUCGCCUUUACUGAAGAGAAUUGCCUCCUGACAAAUCAACGGUCAUAAAUGGAAAAUCUGCUAAGUUAAAUGAGUUUGUUUCACGUUGACCAUUAUUCUCUUAGGAGAUUCGUUUUGAGCUCUUUUAAAGAUUAAUCGCGCAACAUUUUGGCUUGAAAUCGUCAAAUUCACUAGGCAGGUCACACCAGCUACCCUAUUUAACUUUAACGGUGUUUUGUUGUUGAAACACUGACAGCCUGACUCAGUGCCGCGUAGCCCGCACUUAUUGUGCAAUGGUAAUAUUUGGUUCGACUAAAACAUUAUGAGCCACUGUCGAAUAUCAGUAUCUCUCUAAAGAUACGAAAUAAUAGUUAUAAGCUUUCACAAACAGAGAUUUUUCUGUCGUCAAUUGGUCUUUGAUCACUGUUGCAGGUUCAGGUGCAUAAAAGUCCCUUAUAUAUUCUGACCAGGAGCCAAUAACCCGAAGCGAGCAACUUCCAUUCGCUCGUGUCACGGCGUUUUCAUGGACCAGUUUACUUUUAGAAUGGUUUUGGUGCGAAUUUUGAAUAUCUUCGAAAUUCCACAGACCAGUCAGCAAAGCCAACGGACCUAAAAAUGAUAUUUUUUUGCGUUUUAAUAACGUUUCGUUUUCCUUUUUGAUAUCUUAUACUUCUAAUGCGCUCAUAAAAAAAACAUGGUGGAGAUUCUAUUUUCGCGCGAAAAAGUGACCUAAAAUGUGUCUAAAAACGCCGUGACAUAGGCCUAAUAUGGUAGUUUCUCGCUCCGGGUUAUGGGCUCCUGUUCUGACUCAUCUUUUUGGUUUCUCAAGGUAUAUGGCGACAACACAGUUCGAGGCCACUGAUGCUCGCGCCGCCUUUCCUUGUUUUGACGAACCUGAGUUCAAAUCUCAGUUUAUCGUAACCCUUGUGCACGAGAGGGAUUACAAAGCCCUUUCUAACAUGCCUGUUACAAAUACUAUAUCACGCAAUGAUGGCUUCUUGGAGAGCCGCUUUCAAGAAACUGUUAAAAUGAGCACCUAUUUACUGGCCUUCAUUGUCUGCGAUUUUGCUUACAAAGAAUCUCAUACUAAAAGAGGAAACAAGGUAUGUAAAAAUUGUCAUUCUUCUUUUUUUUUUUUCGACCCAAAGCGUCUACAAACUUCUACUAGAAAAAAGAGAGUACCAAAUUUACUUGAUUAUACACCGCUCUCAAAUAAGUGCGGCAGAUGGGAGUAAAACUGCCAAUAAACAACUCCCUCGAAUAAACGCCGCACUCGAUCAGAACAUUCGUAGCCUUUUCCAGGCGUUCAGAUAGUAGGGCGCGGGCGAAACAAUUGACGAGGGAAAAAUAGAACGAGUCCUCCCUCGUUUUUUCCCCUCGUUUUCCUUUUGCGCUCGCCGCGUACGAUUUAACUCGCUCCCCAGAAUCUGAGUGCCUGGAGUAGGCUAGAGAAGGCGGCGUUAAUUCGAGGAUUGAUAAGAAAAAACAUCUUUCUUUUUUCAUAAUAUUUAAAAAUGCUUUGUUGUAAUUGUUAACAGUGAUAUCAGAGAUGUGAUUCUUUUUAACAUAUACGCCGUCCGUGAAUAAACGCAGCCCUUGAAAAAAUUUAGCAUCGGAAACGCCAAAAACUUAAUAAACGCCGCGGUGCUUAAUCCAAUAAAUGCGGUAAGUAAUAAAUCGCUGUUUUCAUCUCUUUCUUUCUACCACAGAUCCGAGUAUGGUCAAGAAAAGACGCUAUUGACAGUACAGCCCUGGCCCUGAGCGUGGCAGAAAAUGUUUUGAAUUAUUACGAAAAAUUCUUCAAUAUUCCAUACCCCCUGCCAAAGAUCGGUGAGAUGGAACUCUUUUUGCGUAGUGUUAUGGUGCAGAUGGUAAAGUAUUGUACUGGGUUGCACUAACAAAUCCAUGUACAUCAUGACAACGAACGCAAAACGUUGGGAUUCUUAUCUAAAGUGGUUUGGUUCUGGACUUGCUAUAAGACCCACGUUUAGAUACAAAAAAACCAAAAACAACCAAAGAAACUUAAAAUUACCGAGGCAAAUUUGUUCUUAACAGAGAAGACCUAUAAAGAAGAAACCCCAUACAGCUUCUUUCAAAAGGGCGGGAAAGUUUGUUUUUUGACUUCAUCAUAAUUUGCCCUCUAUGUCUCGUUUCAAGGGGAGAGUUCUUUUGAAUUCUGAAGAUGCUACUUAACAUUAACAGAUAUGUGUAAAAAAAACCCUAAUUUUACCACCAUUUGGAUUAAGGUGUUUUAAUCAAGUGUGAAUAAAAACGCGUCUAUUGAUUUUAAGGUAAAGGCUCAGCAAUCAAUACUUAAACUAAUAUCACGAUUAAGACUAGCCGCAGACGAUACGCAGUGCUGGGAUAAAACUGGAGAGAGAAUUGCAAACACUGCAAGAGGACCCAAAAUAUAUAAACAUGAUUGUAAAUAGAACGAAAUGAAACCACUCGAUCGUUGAUUUUUCGGUAGUACAAAUUCGAUUUGAGUGCCCAGAGAAAUCAGGAAAUCGAUGAGAAUAGGCCAUGGCACCAUGGUGCUCUUUUACUACCAGAAUCCUUUUCGGUUUUCCUGUCAUUUUAUUUUUAAUCUCAGCGAGGUGUGAAUAAAAAAGUACUUGUUUGCACAAGAAAGGAAAACCCUGACGUAUUCUGGUCGUAGCAGUAAAAUAAAGUGAAAAUGGCCUAUUCUUUAGAGGUGGCGCCAAAGAAUAAAAAGAUUUUGUAUGCUCGCAGACCUUGUCGCUGUCCCUGAUUUUGCUGCUGGCGCCAUGGAAAACUGGGGCAUACUCACUUUCAGAGAGACGUACCUGCUGAGUGACCCGGCCGUAUCUAGUGCCGCUGACAAGCAGGAUGUUGCUAUCGUGGUCUCUCACGAGCUUGCGCAUCAGUGGUUUGGUAACCUGGUGACAAUGAAAUGGUGGAAUGAUUUGUGGCUAAACGAAGGCUUUGCUAAUUACGUUGAGUACAUCGGUACGGAUCAUUUCCGAAAAGACUGGAGAGUGGUAGGUGUCUUUGUUUGAAAGAUCAUCAUCAUCAUUUAUCAUGAACAACAUCAUUAUCAUCAUCGUCAUCAUCAUUGUCCGACACUGUAUUUCAUGGGAACCCUCCGAUGAAAAAUAACCUCUAUGGCCAAACGAAUUUAAUUCUCAACAACCAUUUUUCAAUCAUGUUAUCUUGCAGCUUGAGCAGUUUGUAGGGACCACAUUACAGAGUGCUCUGUCCUCUGACAGUAUGGAAAACACCCACCCCAUAUCAGUACCGGUCCAUAACCCAUCACAGAUUACCGAGAUUUUCGACAGCAUCUCGUAUGACAAGGUAAGAGGGACAUGAUAUGAGUAUGAGUAUGUUAUUAAAUUAUAAUUAAACUGGUGUUACUGGUUGGGUCGUUCAUAGUUAUAAAAAUCAGCGCAUCUGUGAUUCGAAAUAAAAAGACAAUUUCCCUUUAUAUUACGACAGGUUUAAGGACUAGUUAAUGAAAAUUGUCCAGUCAGUCACUGUAUCGAUUUUGUCUUAUUAUCUUUGUCUUUUUCACUUUCUACAGGGUUCUUCAGUAAUCCGCAUGCUUCGUAGUUUCAUUGGAGAUAAAAGGUUUCAAAAGGGAUUAGAGGUAUGCCACUUAUUAAUAACUAGUAUGACGUAUCUGUUAACUUAUCACCCAGGCACAUAUAUUUUGAAUUCUUAAUUUUCACUUUUCCGUGCUUUUUGUGUUUCAUUAUCAGCUCUAUUUGAAUACUCACAAAUACGCGAACGCGGAGGCCGAUGAUUUGUGGAAGGCUUUGAGCAGUGUAAGUUCAUAGUUAUAGUUACAGUUUGUUGUUUAAAUGUUUUGUCUUCCGUAACUGCGAAAUUUCUUUUUCCGAGGUAGUGGUUUUAUUGAGGAAGCCUCCUUCGAAGUAUUUUGAAACACGAAUUAUACGUUCCUCUAAAGAAUGUCCAAAAAAAUGGUUUCAUUGGUUUCAAAUAGUUCAUAUCAGCCAUUAAAAUUGCUCCCUAACGUGAUGAAAAAAUAUUAGCCUUCAAUCUUUAUUGUUCCCACAAAUUCUUAGGGGCACCUCUCACGUGACUGAAGAAAGAAAUGGAGCUACAUCACACUCAGGACCUCUUUCAUCUUUGCUCUCGAGAAAUAUAUAGAGGUCCUAAGAACGAGGCUGUCUAUGCUCAAAUUGAGGUUGGCUCCUCCUAAAAUAUUCUACAACUGGUAUAGGAUUUAAUGGAGCUGAAAACAAUUGUGGAAUUGCACACAUUUUAGGCAUACUACUGGGCCCAGUUGUUCGAAGGCCGAUUAGCGCUUAACCCGGGUUUCUUUUUCUUGUGUUUAAAAGAAUUUUCUCGGAUAAUUUUCUCUGUCACUUUUAAAGCUUUCAAUAACCAACUUGUCGCAAAAAGAAUUAAAACUGAACUGAUUUUUAAACUUUCAUAUCUGAAUUCAAAUCUCGCACUAACCCUGGGUUAUCUUAACCCAGCUUUGAACAACUCGACCCUGAUGAACAGUUACGACGUGUAGAUAUUUCGAGCAACAACAAUUUGCCGUCUUUCCCUGACUCAUCCCCAGUCGUCCCUCUCUCUCUGUCUCUCCUUAGAGGCGCGAGGGGUGAUGGGAAGGAGGAAAGCGAGGGAGAGAGUCUUCCUCCCUUUUCCCUUACCAUCACCCCCUACUCCCGCGCGCGCGUUACGCGAAGACGACUGGGGACGAGCAAGCGCUUAGAACUGAAAAGUAUAAGCGCUAUAUAAAUAUUUUAUUACUAUUAUUAUUACGAGUCAGCGUCUGUCCUCUUUGAAUUGAUAUUUGGUGAAUCUCUUCAUUUGCGUGAGUGUCAGGCGUUUUUAGUGGAAAGGAGAAUGAGAGAAGCAAAAAAUAAAAAAAGGAGGUGGGGGGGGGGGGGGGGGGGGGGGGGGACAGCAGAGGGUCCUCAGCUCUCUCUUCCCAAACCCUCUUCAAAUAUCAAAUCUCUUAGGCUAUCUCUUCAUCCACCUAGGUGUGCAAGGAUCUGGACGUAAAGGCCAUCAUGGAUACGUGGAUCAAACAGAAGGGAUACCCUGUGGUAUAUAUUGAAGAAAGCAAUGCACAGUCCAGGGACGGCUCAAUAAAGAUGAUUGCCAGUCAGAAACGAUUUUUGAGAGAUAUUAAACAGGGAACCCAAAAAUAUCACGAUGAGGCUAAGGGGUGGGUAACAAGAUUUAUGUUAAGGGUUAUCGUAAUUUCUUGUUUAGCCUUGAAAUUGAAUAACUGCCAUUGUAUUACCUGUUGGUCCUUCGUUUUCGAUGAAGAAAUUGUUUGAAGAGAUAAUUGAUUUAGAUCAAGCUCCUGGUGUAGACACUAAGAGUCACGUGUAUGGUGCUAGCUAACUCCACUAUUUCAAAUCUUUUUUUUUUCAGUUACAACUGGCAAAUUCCACUGACAUAUGUGACGUCACAAAACCCUCACAAAACGCAUACAGUGUGGAUGAAAGAACCUCAUGGUAAGAACAAGUAUUCGAAUGGCAGUAUGCCACUCGGCUCUAAGCUGGCGAUGCUUGUAGAGUGGAAGCAACCUCGUCUUCAGGUGUCGCUCCUCCCAUUCUCUACGGAAAAAUCCCUGGGGACGAGGGGGCAGUGGAACCGCUGCUCCUACAAGCAGACGCCUGAAACUGUCCCAAGCAUAUUGGCCAUCUGUGAAGUGGCGCCUGAGACUGGGUCAGAUUGUUGUGUCGAAUUGAAUUAUGAUACUGUUUUGCGUGAAAAAUUUUGACUUAGCUUCCUGGGGAUCCUCGUAAUUUCGCAUUCCACAAACUAUAAGGGGAAUGGAUACAAUCUUUCCGCGCAACGAUUUCAGAGAUCGUUUGGGUGGACAAGCGUUACGUUAGUUAUGAUUGGUCGAUGGUAUUCAAGGUAACCAUUAACCAAUCAUAAGUUGGUGGACAAGCGUUACUUAUGAUUGGUUAAUGGUUGCCUUGAAUACCAUCGACCAAUCGUAACUAACCCUUGUCCACCGAAACGAUCCUAGAAAUCACUGCACCAAAAGCUUGUGCCCAUUCUCCCUAGAGUUUCUGAAGUGGGUAAUAGCCAUCAAAAAAGGCCGAAUGGCAUCCCUAAAACAGGCCCACAGUACAAUUCGAGACUAAACUGACUUAGUUUCAAGGGCAAUAUCAAAAAUGGUCUUUUAAAAAACACUGUAUUUUCAACUUUUCUAGGCCAAAAACCCUCUUUCAGCUGGUCUAAAAUGAGUCCUCCUACGGGAAUUUUCUUUGUAUUUCGCUGUUCACUGAACUGUUAUCUUUUAUUGCUUAAAGACUGAGAAUACUUACCAUUUAGACAAGAAAACUAAUAAUUCUGUUAAGAAAUACAAGUGGAUCUCAGUGCGGUGGGAAAGCCUCGUAAAACUUAUUGGCUGUCGUUCAACGCAGUGCAUUUUUUCCACUCUUUCUAAGUCUUUCCAGCUGAUUUGAAUAUGACGGCAUUGUAGCGGCUCAUUCUCCUAACAGGUCACAUUGUUUUGAUAACUAAUGAUAACGCGCGAGACUUUCGACCAGAUACCGUUGAUGUAAAUGAUAAGAAUCCUGGGAUACCACUCCUGGGAAUGAGAUCGAAAAACGGAAGCCUGGAAGUAAUGGCUGUUGUUAUAAGAGUCAGGAUUAGUACCGGGGUCAGCGCAGUCCGUUUUUACGCCGCCCUUGACCUCUGUGCGAGGUGUUUCAAGCCCGACUCCCAGGUGUGACCUCAAAUCCUUGUUUAAACUUCUUUAUUUCGUGUAGGUUUUAAGACCUUUAAUAUAAACAAAAAACUGCAUGAUGGAAAAAGGGGGUUAAAAAUGAGCGCACUUUCGGCCUCAGGUCUGUCAGUUUAAGUACCAGAAAUCGUUAAUAAAAUCGUUAAUGCAAAUUUAGUAGGACACGAAAUUUAAAAAAAAAAAUAGAAAUAGUAAGUAGGUUGCGUUGUCAAGCAAGCAAUUCCUAAUCCAUCUCAACAGCUACAGUCUCAACGGACAAAAAAAAAUACAGUUGGAUCAAGGCGAACGUUGGUCAGACAGGACUUUAUCGUGUGAACUACAACAAAAAGAACUGGGGAAAGCUUGUUAAGCAACUUAAUCGCAACCACAAGGUAUGCUACCUUACGUUAUUUUCCUAUUCUUUCACGGGGGCCAUUACGGACCAGAAACUUCCUCGUUCUGGUCCACGUGACAUGGCUACAACAGAAUAGCCCACAUUCGAUAUAUUAAAAUUCUAACAUGACUCCGAGAUUAUUAUUAUUAUUCUAUCAUCUUUAGAUUCUUUCAUCUGUGGAUAGGAGUGGAUUGAUUGACGACGCCUUCAACUUAGCGAGGUAGGAUAUCAGAAUAACUAGUAAGCUUUUAUCAGAAUGAGAAUACAAAAUACGGAAGACUGGUUUUGCAGUCUAUAUAAGCGAAUUGUUCUGCGUACUCCUGGAAACCUGACGUCGAUUUUUCUCUUAAAAUUGUUUUGCCCGAGGAAGCAAAACAAUCGCUUAUUUGACAGUGAACUUUUUGUAUAAAAUGGCGACUUCCAACUCCUGCUGAUUUAUCCAAGACACAAAUAUAAACAUUAAUAAUAAAACAGCAAAGACAAAAGCGACUCGAGGUUUCCCGAUAUUUCAGACGGAGCCAUAUUAUUUGAAUUGUAACGACUUUCAGUUUCUUCAUUUAAUCCCCUGAAGAAGAAAGGCUUGUCCGUCCGAAAUAUUGGAAACCUCAAGUCCCUUCUGCCUUUGCUGUUACCGUGGCCGUGACCUACUAAAGGCCUGCGAAUAACUUAGGUGAUGUCAUGAAUUCACGCCAUAGAUCGAAUGACAAGCUACAUCAUGUGACAUAUGCUAAGCAAUACUGUACACACGUACUCUUACUUUCACAGAGCUGGACAACUGGACAUGUCCACCGCACUGAGUCUGACAGCUUACCUCGAGAAAGAAAGGGAGUAUAUCCCAUGGUCUACUGCACUAGGUCACUUAGGAUUCAUCGGCUCCAUGCUGAGCAUGCGCUCAUCUUAUGGCGAUUACGAGGUAAAUCAUCUAGGGAGAGGGAGAGCUAAGCAGAGAAGUCUACCGCGGUUUUACGUCUUUGGUCUCUUUUGUUUUGUUUGCCUGGAUUUCACUUACCAUGCAGUAGGUGGAACAUGGGCAAAGAUGUACACAACAAUUAAUCAACGUAACUAUCUUUUCAUUGUUCUCAGACUGUUGAGAUUCCUUUCGUUCUUUUCGCGCCAGAAAAAUGGGAAAUGGCACCGACACCAGUUUUAGUUUUCAUGCACUUACAAUUUUGCUAGUAAACUUUCCAAAAUUUUAGUAAAAUAACAAAGAAUUGUAGUAUUUUGAAUUUAGUUUUUGGAAGCAGGUACCAACAUUACAAAAAGAAGAACCGGAUACUAACAGGAAACCGUAUCCUAAUAUAUUAACAACGGAAGGAAAUAAGGCUGAUUCACUCUUGGGAUUACAAUUACUUUUUGCCAAUAUUUUGGCUUUUUUUCUUCUUGUUAAUAUUUUGAACUUUCAACAGUGACAAAAACAACCUUUUAACUUUGAAGUACUUUGACUAGACUUUGCAAAUCUCUCUCCUUUGACCACGGUGAAGCAGAGAAGACUACUAAAUCACAAGUCCGUGUUAUGGUAUAUCAUCACCCAAAGUUUUGCCCCAAAUGAGUUCUUGGUGUUGACAUCGGGUUAGGGGAGGGGUAGGUGAGUAGUUGCCAAGAAUCCUAUACGGCAAACUGUCCACCUACCCCUCCCCUAACCCAAAAUUUAUGCCCUAAGUGAGACAUUGGUGUCAAUGUUAGGUUAUACUGAUUCAAUUCAAACCCGAUCUUAAUGCUCUCGUAGAGGUGUUAUUCAUAAAGUCAUCGGCAAGGAAUAGUAAAAGCUUUUUGCACUGGUGACCUGUAAUGAGAAAUUUUGCUUCUUUUACAUAUGCGCAGAAAUAUAUCGUGAAAAAAGUGAAGCCACUUGAAAAAUACGUCGGAUGGGAGAGCGAAGGAGACAUCUUGAAAAUGUGAGUGGUUCUACUUUUCUUUAUCGUGGGUACAACCUGUAGAACUCUUUUAAUGUUGCAAGUUUAUUUAAAGGUCGCGUUCAAUGAAACCAAAACAGGAUUGACCAAUCAAAGAAGACUUAAAAACGAAUAAUCCAAUCAGCGAUCAAAGUGAUAUGUGAAGCGGCGUAUAACGUGGGAAACGCAUGCGAAUACCUGUUAAAAGGCUCUGCAUUGAACUCUGAUUAGUUAAGACUAGAGGAACACGAGAUAGCCAAUCACAAACCACUACAAUGCUAAAUCAAAGCAAUUCUACUACCUUCUUUGUUUCAGGUAUCUUCGAAAUAACGUGCUGUCGACUCUAGCCAGCCAUGGAGAUAAACACGCAGUAAACUACAGUUUGACUGGUUUCAGAAUAUGGAUGCGCAAUCAAAGGUUAUUAACUAAAUGUCAGAUACUUUAACCUCUAUUUUCCUCUUUUCCAGGUCUUAAAAUUGCUUAAAAUGCCAAGCCCUGACCAAUAGAUAUCCUCAUGCGCAUCAACUGUGUUCGAAAAAAGACUUCUUCAAUUCAAUCGAUGAAAAGACAUGCUUACCAUUUUGUUGACAAAACAACUUCCCCGCCUUAAAGCCACUUGUUCUAUAAGGACUAGUUGUCAAGCGAACUUGGUCCGACUUGUUUAGGUUCGAACCUAAUUCUGCUUUCUUCUUCAUAUGAGUUACCGUUUAUGAUUUUUUUAGUACCAAAUUUUUUGUAGAAGACUGAACUAGCCCAAGGUCUGCACAUUAUAUGCGCAAUUACUGCAAACUUAUCAAUAAUCAAUAUUCUAUGAUUUCUCUCAUUACAGCCUUACGAUUUCACCUCACAUACGGGGCAUUGUAUAUCACACUGCCAUCAAAUAUGGUGGACUAGAGGAGUGGGAGUUCCUGUGGAACAAAUACCUUAAGACUAUUGACGCAACGGAGAAGUCCCGGAUGCUUUCUGCGCUUUCAGGCUCCAAGGAACCGUGGCUUUUAAGCAGGUUUGGUUUCUCUACAGUUUUCAAAGUUUAAUAAUUCUGUUUCUUGUCUUCUAAGAAACUUAAGACAUAAGCUUUAGGAAAAAGAAUUUUUUUGUAUACUAUAUUUACUCGAGUUAGCGCCGUUGAGCUUAUUUAAGUUUACGCGUCUCAAAUUCGACACAUAUUCAAGGUUGCACUUAUUUGAGGACGCGACAAAGAAUUGUUUUUACUUUAUAGUGAGGUAUUUCCGUGUUAAACUGACAGAAUUAACGUCUUUUGAAUUUCUAUCGCGGAUGUGGUGCUUAAUCAGGGGGCUGUGUUUAUUCUAGUUAAUACGGUAAGUUUUGGUUUUUAAUAUUUAAUAACAAGUUUAUUUGUGAUUACUUUUUGAUGUUAUCAGACUUUUAGAGUAUUCGCUUGAUGACUCCAAGAUCAGGACACAGGAUAUGCUUCACGCCAUCUCAGGAGUUGGAUCACAUAUCUACGGCCGUCUGCUCACUUGGGACUUCAUAAGAAAGAACUUCGACAAGAUCGUUAAAAAGUAAGCGAACUCUAUUGUCAAUGAGACAUUAAACCUUUUAGUAUUUAAAAAGAGAGCCAGUACGUGCAGAGGAAGUAGUUUUUUGGUGUUGCGGGUCGGUGCCAAUCACUAGAUGGUGUCAUACAAAAGAAUGACAAGACACUGAGCAAUACUCACACCACAACACAAAAGCUAGCCUGCGUAGCAAGCGUUUUCCUCUUCUCCCCUCCCCCUCUCCCUUUCACCUUUUUUUGCUCUCGUUCUAACUUUCGCGCAAUAACUCGAUUGGAAACGCUUGCUACGCAGGCUACACAAAAGCGAACCAACAAUGGUUUCCGCCACACCAAGAAACACCCAAAUGAAGUUUAUGUAACUGUUUGUAUUCUUAUCUAGAGUGGGCAAGGACGCAAUGGAAAUCAGUUACUUGGUAGGCAUUGCCACCCGAGGAUUCAACACUGAGUUUCAACUUAAAGAGGUACGCUGGGGGUGGGGGAGAGUUCUCAUAAACAAGAUUGUGUGAUGCAAAAAACAGGCCCCAGUUGUUCAAAAGGUGGAUAACGCUAUCCACUGGAUAAAUCGCUAUCCAGUGGAUAGCACAAUUGUUUGUCCUAAUUCUUAUCUGCUGGAUAGGAUUUAUCUGGUAGCCUGUUCCAGACGUUCAGAUAGUAGAGUGCGGGAGAGUUCAAAUAGGAGAGCGAGGGCGAAGUUAGCUCGUUCACCACCAUCCGAACGCGGCUCUCUACUAUCAGAACGCCUGAAACAGACUAUUUAUACGGUAGAUAGUACUAUCCAUUGUUUGAACAUCCGGGGCCAGGAUAACACUUGUGUGACUAAUCUAUAAUCUGGGUGCUAUUGCCGUACAAUUCCCGGCGGCGUUUUAAUCUACAAAACAGGCAUUACUUUUUCGCAUAUUAAGGCGGGAAACCUCGAGGCGAGUGAGACACGCCCGACUUGCCUCCACUUGCCUGAAAAACGCGGAAAAAAAAAAACCUGUUCUGCAGGCUAGCGCCCGUUUAUGCUCACCAUUUAAACAGUUCGUGUAUCCAGCAUGGGAUAUAUUUCAGCACUGAAUUGUUGCUUAGAAUGUGUUAAAAAUCCUUUCUCUGCGUCUGUAUCCUAACCAAGCUCGUGAUGCAUGAACCCUUCAUUAAACCAGUCUGUUGCUGCCCAAGUUUGAGGUACAAAACUAAGCCUACCGUAUUUAUUCGAAUAAGCGCCCAACCUCGAAUUAGCGCCCACCUCGAAUAAGCGCCCAUCCUAAAGGCAGAAAAAGUUAAUAAGCGCCCACCCUCGAAUAAGCGCCCACCCCCUACUCCUCCCAUUCAAACUCAAAUAAGCGCUCACCCCACCCCACCCAAUUGAGUGAAUAAAUUCUAAUAAGAGACUUCCCCGAGGACGGAGUCUUCUUCAGAGUAUUUUACAGAAACCUUGCUUUGUUACUUCUUCGCGUUUUGUUAUUAGCAUUUAUUGUUUUGUUACAAAAUAAGCAUACUCCACUUGCUGAAAAUGGUGAAAAUUUAAUAAGCGCCCAGCCUCGAAUAAGCGCCCACUCUCAAGGUCCAAAAAUUUAAUAAGCGCCCAGGGCGGUUAAUCGAAUAAAUACGGUAUUUUCCUUCGGAGCUAAUAAUUGCUAUAUAAUAAGUGACUGGUGGAAAAACAUAACUGUCAAUGGGCUAAGCGCUACGAAUUAUAUGCAGUUUCUAAUUUUAAGCUGGACAUGCUGCACGAAACACCCCCGUGAGAUACUUAUACCAAUCCAUUAUCAGUGUUCCUGAUUUAGUAAAACUACUUGUUUUCUUCUCGGUAGGUUAAUAACUUCAUUGACCAGCAUAAAGACGUCUUAGGCCAGCUGCGUGCCACUAAGAAGGCCGUGGAAUAUAUUCGAGGUUGCAUCAACUGGAUGACGGAUCAUGGCAAACAAGUGGAGGACUGGCUCAAAGAACAAGUGGCUGAAAUAGAAUCACUCAGCAGUAGAUUAGAGGACCUUUAAACAUGACUUCAAAGAAUUCUCAAAAUCAAAUUAUUAUAUCAACAUUGUAUGACAAGAUACAAAAAUAUUCGUUAGAGAAGUUUUUAUCUGAAUGCACGGGACAUUUGCAGUUAGUGAAGAAUUGAUAUCGAUCCGUUGAUAGUUGUCUAAGUUGCCAUCAUGCAGAAUGACAU